AUGAGGGAGGUAAUUUCAAUCCACGUUGGCCAGUGCGGUGUGCAGAUAGGAAACGCGGUUUGGGAGCUCUAUUGUGCUGAGCACGCAGUUUCAAAUGAGGGCGCUCUGUUUGAGCAACCUCAUGAAUUAGAGUGGGUGGAGACCUUCUUCAACAUCUCCGAACAAGGUCGCUACGUUCCACGAUGCCUGUUUGUGGAUCUCGAGGCGUCAGUUAUUGACGAAAUUCGAGUUGGUCCAUGGCGUAAACUCUUUCAUCCGGAUAAGCUAAUCACAGGAUAUGAGGAUGCUUCUAACAACUUUGCUCGUGGAUACUUUACCAUCGGAAAGGUGCUUCUUUCACCAAUUUUGAAUGAAGUCAGACGCACAGUUGAACAGUGUGACAGUCUUCAAGGCAUUCUUUUCUUUCGCAGUCUUGGUGGUGGUACUGGAGCUGGUCUAACUGCCGCCUUGUUAGAUGUGCUUGGAGACUAUCGAAAGUACACAAAAGUGGAAAUACCCAUCUAUCCAUCACCAUCUCUGUCCAACGCUUUGAUUGAACCCUACAAUUGCCUCUUAGGUGAACAUUUUACUAUGGAAGACUUCAAUAUUGGCCUUCUCAUGGACAAUGAGGCUAUGUAUGAUGUGUGCUCCCGUUUCCUCUCCUCCAGCUACACCACAUACACAAAGAUUAAUCGUUUGGCUGCUAUUGUCUGCAGUGCAGUUACAGCUUCACUUCGUUUCAAGAAUGUUCUCACCUCAGAUCUCAAUGUAAUGCAAACUAACCUCAUACCCUAUCCACGCAUUCACUUUCCCUUGGCCAACUUUGCACCCAUUCAAUCCACCGAAAAAACUGCCUAUGAGCCCUCCAAGGUGGUGGAGAUAACUCGCGCUGUGUUUGAGCGUGAGAAUCAGUUGAUUAAGAUUGAUCCAACCUAUGGCAAAUUUAUGUCUUGCACCCUUCUCUAUCGAGGCAAUGUCAGUCCCGGGCAAGUUUAUGUUGCACUGGCUGAAAUGAAAAACUGUCGAGGCCUGGAAUUUGUGGAUUGGUGUCCCACUGGUUUUAAAGUGAGCAUUACAAGUGAGACUCCAGUCACUCGAUGUGACAGUGGAAUUGGUCAGACCAGUCGAAAUGUUGUCAUGUUGGCCAAUAAUUCGGCUGUUGGGCAGGCAUGGCAACGAAUAGUGCAUAAAUACUACAUGCUCUAUUCAAAACGUGCUUUUGUCCAUUGGUAUGUGGGUGAGGGCAUGGAGGAGGAUGAAUUCAAUGAGGCUCUUGUCAACAUGACUUCCCUAGUACGAGACUAUGAGGAGGUGGCACGUGAUUCUGUCGACACUCAAGUGUGUUAA